AUGGCAGAGUUUCCGGAUGUUACACUUCUCCCCGUCCAAACCAAGAACUGCGGCGUACCGAAUGUGUACGUCCAGGGGAACCCUGAGGAACGCAAUGGAAAGACUACAUCCUUACCGUCCACGACACAAAAUCGUGUCAUCCGGUUCGUCAACCACCCAUCGAUGUCCGAUGUGAAGGCCAAGGCUAUCGGCACGUCUGCAUCCCAGGCCAAGAGGAUCAUCUGGCUGAAUACACGGAGACCUCCGGACUCUGGCCUGAUUGGCGAGGACCUGGCGGCCGUGUCUCGACAAAAUCGAGGUCCAAUCCUGCAUCGCAUUCGGCGAGGGCGCGGGUGCCAACAUUGUCUCCCGAUUUGCGAUGGAAUACCCGAACCGCAUAUGGCCAUUAUUUUGGUCCAUUGCACUCCGACUACGGCUGGAAUCCUUGAGGAUACUACGAACGGCGUCUGGAGAGUGGCGUCAUGCUGGAUGGGAGCGUGGGAUGUCCUAGCUGCCCACAAAUUCGGAUCGAACGAACGCGACAAACAGGAAUACAUCGACUCCCUGAAGAGCACCUUGAAAUGUCAAGUUAUAAUCACAGUGUGGAUGCGCUGCUCGUUUCAAGCCUGGGUGGAAAGGCCAGCCAUUUGCAGUCGGUGUACACGACUCAUGGGAAUAUGGAAUCGCAAGAAGACGACGUUGCUGGUUGUUGACAAUGUGUGCGAUGUGAUGAGCGAGGCUGUGCCUGACAACUUGGCUCGCCUGCUGAUCCUGCUCUGCAAGGGAUGCGGAAUGCUCAGCGGUGUUGCUAUUCCGGGCAUGGAACGUCAGCGGACCCUCAGCAGG